ACUUUUGCAGAGACUCCUCACUCCACAGACAUGUCGCACAAUAGCUGAAGUAAAAACCUGUCACCGCGGCUCAUCAUCUGAGCCCCCAGCAACACACCGCAGGUUGGAUUUGAAAUCGCACUGCCUCUCCUUCUGUUGCUCCUCUCGCAUCGGACCCUAACGUUUUUUGGAAACGCCUGGAUAUGAAUUAUGAGCAUUUUCCUCACUAAUGAACUGGGCCAGUAAUGCAGGAGACCGCGGCGACUCUCUCAUCAGUGUUCCAAGAUGGCAGAUUUUCAUUGAGUUUUAAACAGAAAUCUCGCUUUAUUUUUUGCCAUGAAUAACAGAAAUCCUUGCACCGAUGGCCCCUGUAUACGAAGGUAUGGCCUCGCAAGUGCAAGUGUUCUCCCCUCACACUCUCCAAUCAAGUGCCUUCUUUAGCGUGAAGAAACUGAAGGUGGAGCAGAGUUGUAACUGGGAUAUGACAGGGUACGGCACACACAGCAAAGUCUACAGCCACAACAGCAGCAAGAACUUGUCGGCCGCCAGUGGCCCCCUCGGCAUCAACAGCUCCCUGCAGGUCGCCAGCUCCACCCUGCCCUACGAGCAGGCACUAAUCUUCCCAGCCAGCGCGGGCCACAUCGUGGUCGCCUCAGCCAGCAGCACUUCGGGGGCCGUGGGGUCUCUGCUGGGCAGCGGGGGUGGAGGCAGCAACAGCAACAGCAGUGGUGGUGGAGGUGGCGGCGGCGGCAGCGGUGUCGGUGGCGGGGUCGGUGUUCACAACCUGACGCGCCGCAGCACAGUAAGUCUCCUCGACACCUACCAGCGAUGCGGGCUUAAACGCAAAAGUGAGGAGCUUGACAACAACAGCAGUGUGCAGAUCAUUGAGGAGCACGGCCCGCCGAUGAUCCAGAACGGAGCAGCCAGUGGAGCCACGGUGGCCACGGUGGCCACCGCCACCUCCACCGCAACGUCCAAGAACAGCGGUUCCAACAGCGAGGGGGACUACCAGCUUGUGCAACACGAGGUCCUCUGCUCCAUGACCAACACCUAUGAGGUGCUGGAGUUCUUGGGGCGAGGAACCUUCGGACAGGUGGUGAAGUGCUGGAAGAGGGGCACCAACGAGAUUGUGGCGAUCAAGAUCUUGAAAAACCACCCGUCGUACGCACGGCAGGGUCAGAUCGAGGUCAGCAUCCUGGCGCGUCUCAGCACGGAGAGUGCGGAUGACUACAACUUUGUGAGGGCCUAUGAGUGCUUCCAGCACAAGAACCACACGUGCCUGGUAUUUGAGAUGCUGGAGCAGAACCUGUACGACUUCCUGAAGCAGAACAAGUUCAGCCCUCUGCCGCUCAAAUACAUCAGACCCGUGCUACAGCAGGUGGCCACAGCGCUAAUGAAACUGAAGAGUCUGGGGCUGAUCCACGCUGACCUGAAGCCAGAGAACAUCAUGCUGGUGGACCCGUCUCGACAGCCCUACAGGGUCAAAGUCAUUGACUUUGGCUCAGCCAGCCAUGUGUCCAAAGCAGUCUGCUCCACAUAUCUACAGUCCAGAUACUACAGGGCUCCGGAGAUCAUCCUGGGUCUGCCGUUCUGUGAGGCCAUAGACAUGUGGUCCCUGGGCUGUGUGAUAGCUGAGCUCUUCCUGGGAUGGCCCCUCUACCCCGGAGCCUCAGAGUAUGAUCAGAUCCGGUACAUCUCACAGACACAGGGUCUGCCUGCAGAGUAUCUGUUGAGUGCGGGGACAAAGACCACCAGGUUCUUCAACAGGGACCCAGACUCCACCUACCCCCUCUGGAGACUUAAGACUCCAGAGGACCACGAGGGUGAAACGGGGAUCAAGUCCAAGGAGGCUCGCAAGUACAUCUUCAACUGCUUGGAUGAUAUGGCGCAGGUGAACAUGACGUCAGAUCUGGAGGGGAGCGACAUGCUGGCAGAGAAAGCUGACAGAAGGGAGUUCAUCGACUUGUUAACCAAGAUGCUGACUAUUGACGCGGACAAGAGGAUCACCCCUAUCGAAACGCUCAACCACCCCUUUGUCACCAUGUCGCAUCUCCUCGAUUUCCCACACAGCACACAUGUGAAGUCGUGCUUCCAAAACAUGGAGAUCUGUAAGCGGCGUGUCAACAUGUACGACACAGUCAACCAGAGCAAGACGCCCUUUAUCACCCACGUGGCCCCCAGCACCUCCACCAACCUCACCAUGACCUUCAACAACCAGCUGAACACUGUGCACAGCCAGGCCACCAACCUGGUUCCCUCCUCCACCAACAAUGCCACCCUUUCCUUUGCAAGUCCUGAUGUCUCCAUACUAAACUACCAAUCUGCACUCUACCAGCCCUCCGCUGCCUCCAUGGCAGCCGUGGCCCAGAGGAGCAUGCCCCUGCAGCCGGGGGCUCCUCAGCUCUGCGCUGCCCGGCCCGACCCCUUCCAGCAGGCACUCAUCGUCUGCCCACCUGGCUUCCAAGGGCUGCAGGCGUCCCCUUCCAAGCACACCAGUUACUCUGUGCGGAUGGAGAAUGCUGUUCCCAUAGUGACGCAAGCCCCUGGUGCCCAGCCUCUGCAGAUCCAACCUGGCCUGCUUACACAGCAGGCCUGGCCCAGCGGCACCCAGCAGAUCCUGCUGCCUCCAGCCUGGCAGCAGCUCACCCACACCUCAGUCCAGCAUGCCACUGUCAUCCCCGACUCCAUGAGCAGCACACAGCCUCUCGCCAACUGGAGGAAUUCCCAUCCUCAUGGCAGCCAUUACAACCCCAUCAUGCAGCAGCCAGCCUUGUUGGCUGGCCACGUCACUCUCCCAUCCAACCAGACGCUCAACGUGGGAGUGGCACAUGUUAUGAGGCAGCCCUCGACCAACACCAACUCCUCUUCCAAAAAGAACAAACAGCACCAGAUGUCUGCCAGGAACGUGUCAGCCUACGAGGUGUCGUCCUCUCAGGCGGUGCUGUCCCCGCAGCGCUCCAAGCGGGUGAAGGAGAACACGCCUCCACGUUGCGCUGUGCUACAAAACGGCUCGGCCUCCAACUGCCCGCCCCCGCAGGGCUGUGGGGGUGGUGGGUGGGGGGCUAGCGAAGCAGAGCAGGCUUCCAGCACCACCCGCGACCAUCAGCACCAGCACCACGUCCCCAGACAGACCAUCAUAAUCCCCGACACGCCCAGCCCUGCGGUCAGCAUCAUCACCAUCAGCAGCGACACAGAUGAGGAAGAUGACCACAAACAGAACAACAGUUCAUCUUCAAAGCAGCGGAAGAAUGUCAUCAGUUGCGUGACGGUCCACGAUUCCCCCGAUUCUGACUGUUCAAGCAACAACAGCCCCUACACUGUGGAGUCCAGACCCCCCAACAACAACAGCUACGACACAAAGACCACCAUCCUGGACAACUACAACAACGGGAACCCCCGCACCAUCAUCAUUCCCCCUCUCAAAACCCAGAACAGUGAGGUCCCCAGUGAGUGUGAGCGGCUGAUGCCAGAUGUAAUGAACCAUCAGAAUACAGCUUACAAGUUCAAAUCCUCCAAUGGGGUCUUGUCUGGCAAUAACCACCUACCAGGGGGCUUGACCGGAGGCGGGUCCUACCGACAGCAGCGCUCAGGGCCACACCCCCUUCAGCAGCAGCCUCUCAAUCUCAGCCAGAUGAGAAAAUCGAUACUCACCUCAUGUCUGAAGGCCCAGCAGCAUAUGGUAGCUGAGCGAAAUGGUCAUCGGCGCCAGCAGGCCUACAUCACCCCCACCAUCGCCACUCAGGCCCCGUACUCCUUCCAUCACAAUAGCCCCUCCCACACGAGCAAUGUCCACCCGCACCUGGCUGCCACACACCUACCCAGCCAGCCCCACCUCUACACCUACACGGCCCCCGCUGCCCUGGGCUCCACCGGCACCGUGGCGCACCUGGUGGCGUCGCAGGGCUCGGCGCGGCACGCAGUUCAGCACGGAAGUUACCCACCGAGCAUCGUCCACCAGGUCCCCGUCAGCAUGGGCCACCGCGUGCUGCCCUCGCCCACCUUGCACCACAGCCAGUACCAGGCCCAGUUUGCCCAUCAGGCCUACAUCAGCGCUUCGCCCGCCUCCACUGUCUACACUGGAUACCCUCUGAGCCCCACCAAGGUCAACCAGUACCCUUACCUCUAGAGAAGACACUGACUGACACUGGAGAGCCUGACCCAGCGCUGCUGCUGCUCCUGGACCCUCUCGCCCCCGUCGACAUCCUGAACAUCCUCUCCUCGACCUCAGACAUAAACAGAGACAGAGGAACAUGCAAUCCUCAUGAAACUGUCACGUAUAACUUGAAGAUAUAACGACAGAGAGAAAAAAAAGAUUCACAGCCUCUCUAGAAGGGAAAUAUGGGGUUGAAUUUCAGAGGGGUACAGUUUCAUUUUUUUUCUCCUGAAAGGGCCAGUUUUUGUUUUAUUUCUCUAUUCUUCGCUUUACUUUAUGAGGAAAGUAACGUCUCAUUAGUUUAACAGGGAAGCUUGAAACAGGCCUUUUGGGACAUUGGAGGUUUUCUGGAUUGUUUUCUUUUAUUUUCCCCUCUUAGAUUUGGGAAGUGACUGUUGAACAGGGGUUACUGACUGGAAGUUUGGAAUCCCAAGAGAUUUGGGAGAAGGUGAAAUACGGAAACCUGCUGCUCUUCAAAGAAAAAAAAUAUUGAUGGCCUUGAACUGUCUUAAUAUUUCCAAAUCAUUCAUGGCGUGGGGAGAAAAGAGAGGCAACUCCCCCCCUCCCCCCACUCCACCUUCUCCAGCCGAGGAGGCUUCUGGAAAUAUAACCAACAGAAGACAACAAACUUUUUAGUGUAUUUAUAGAUAUUUUUCUUUUAUGUUUCACCUUUAUGACGAUACUUCAGUUUUAGCUAGGUGUCUUAGCUGGGCCCCGUUCUUAGAAUGUAGCAGUCUGCACCUGUUUGUUUCAAGGGUUUUUUUUCCUGAUACCAAUAGAUUUAUUUGUUCCUCUUUUUCAAUGUGAUUGCACAAAGUGGUUAUAAUAACAUAGGCAUGUACAACGUGAUUGUCUGUGUGUGCUACUGUCAGCCAUGCGUGUGUAGUCCACCUCCUUAAAUCUCUCUUCAGUCUUUAGGUUUUUGACCAUUGUUCCCUCGUAGUGCCUUACAGAUAUAACGACACAGUUUACUUGGCUUGGAUCCUGAAAGCCACAAGAGACUAUAGCUAUACUUAGAGAGACAUGUUUCCCUGGUUUGACAUCGUAGUCGGGGCAGUUGUAGCUCUCUUCCAGGUGUAGGCUCAGCCCUUGCUGUUUCUUGUCCUUAAUGACAGCAUACUAUAGAUGAUGAAGAUUAAUGUUGAUAUCACGCUGAGCUAUUUUAUUAUGUGUGCAUGAGAUAACUUGCCUGGGGUACUUACCAAAGUCAUAGAUAAAUUCUUGUUACAUUUUGCUCUGGAUAUUAAUGUAAAUAUGAAAAUGUACAGUAUAGCUGUAGCUGUAAACCUCUUAUCACAGUGGCACCCAAAAUGUGGCUUUAGUUUGGAAUAUAUUUGUUGUUUUUUUAUAUAAUCACACAAGGGAAUUCAUGCAUCGUGAGCAGAGAUCAUGUACAGGGAAUGAGUUACAGUACAAUGUUUGAGACACAGUAGAGGUCAUUUUUUUGAGGUUAAAAGCUAGUCCGAGAGAAGGGCCUGACAGGAAGUGAUUGUCGCCAUGAGGGCAGGGGUAGCCAGGCUGCGGAGACGAGGCAGAGUCAUGAGGGUUCUUUGAGAGAGAUACUGUGUAGGCACGAGGGAGGGGGCUGUUUGAAAGCGUAGGGUCAGUUUAGGUAGGGACUGUGGAGGGCAGGGUGAAACUCUCUAUCUUAAACGGGACUAAAAUGGUAGCAAGUUGGCACUGAGCAGGUUGAUAGUAACACUGAGCCCGGGCGGUCGGUAGGAGCCGAAGAAAGGCACUACCAUACCUGAAUGCACACUUAUAAUUCUGACAUGAAAUCCUUUUUGUUGUUGUCGGUUGUUGUUCUUUGUUUCUCCAGCAAAUUAGUUGUUGAGGUUUGGGGUAGCAUCUCAGAGCUGCAGGAACAGAACAGAAGGGAAAUGCCACAGCAUACACCUGGAAGGGCACCUUGUGGACGAUUUGUCGCCACUGUCCAUUUGUCUUCGAACCAGGUACACCACAGUCAUCGCCACGCCAGCCGAACGGGAUACCUGAACACUUAGAGAACCAAUAGGGCUGUCGCUUCGUGUGUUUGCUGCUUCAUUUUACUGAUUUGUUUUUUUUUCUUGUAGCCAACGAUACAAAUAAUCUCCUCUGUUCAUUUGUCCUCUUUAGCACAUCAGUACAGCUGGUGUUGUAGUGAAAGCCUUCCCCUCUCCUUCAUGGUAUGCCAUAGUACUUGCAUUUGAAGUUUUUUUGUUUUUUUUUAACUUAACAUUAUCUUGAACUUUUUUGACAUGGCCGUAGUACAUGUUGUGUUUAUUUUUUAGAGAUUGUUGCAAUAAUUCUUGUGGAUGUUUUAUCAGAGUGUGUGUGUGUUUUUAUUAUAUGUCAGGCUCAUUUCUAUUUUGUAACCUGGGGGUUGAUGUACAGUGAUAUUUAGUAUUCCGUGGAGGUGGGUGCACCUGUGUAAAGUGUUGCAACACUGCUGAUGAUAGUAAGUGUUGAGUUGCUGAUAAUCCAAUGGGGCCCUUAUAGAUAGACACAUAGAUAGAUGCUUUGGUUUAAGGGCGCCACAGCCAGGUGUGAAAUACAACAAUCUCUUAAAAAAAAAAAAAUCCCUUGACGGGCCCCAGAGUGGUCUGUCAUCCUGGUACUUUUAUCCCCCCACAGCUCUCCAUUCCCCAUCAGCUCCAGCAUGCAAGCCCAGGGUUCGGGUAGUUUUUAAGAUGUAAUUACAUAGUACGUUGCUGGUUACAUCAUUCUUCUCUGUUCUGUUGUUGUCUUUUUAUUUUAUUGUAUCUACUUAAUUUCCUCUAUAGGCCAUUGGGGCCUAAGCACACACGCAUAAGGGAGAUGAUUUUCCAUUUGAAUCUUUUGGCUCUGUUAUGAGACAGACUACUGAAACAUUCCACUGUUUUUUGAGGGAAUUUGCCGUUACCCAUGCUACACUGCUGUCCUGUCCCCUCUCCUGUCAGCACGGGGAUAGCAUUGUUGUUUUUUUUCGCUCCUCCCACCAAAGAAUUCAACAGAUCCAUCGUGUACAGCACAGCACAGUACAGUACAAGCAAUCCUCCACAUCGUAGCUACAGAGCAGACAGGCAAUAACUUCUGGUCUCAUCAUUAAACUCUUUACAAGUGCUUAUGAGGACACGUUGUUUUAACCCCCCCUGCCAACAAAUGCAUGUGUGCAUAUGAGUACACAAGGAGGAUGUAACAUACUUAAUGCAUACAGCACAGUCAUUAAUUUCUUUAGAAUCUGGAUGUUCAACUAUGAGAAGAGCUGCAGUUUGUUUUAAAGCUUUUAUUUUACUUACUCUUCACACUUGCGCCCUGUCUAAGUUGAAUGAUCAAUAAGUAUCUCUCCAAAUUGUUAAGCCAGUUUUUUCUUUUUUUUUUACAUUGUUGAUGUUGUAGCUUUAUUGGUGUUGUAUGAAAAUGAAUUUGUAAACUAAAAAAAAGUUUGUUUUACAUUAGCGUGCCAUGGAAUAGAAUGACCUGUAAAAAUGAAUUAAUCAAAAAUGUACCAACUAUACCUUUAAAAACCAUGGUCACCCGCACAAAAUGAAUGUAAUAAUAUGUGACCUGCGACAUCUGAAAAUGGCUUUAGAUCUUUCUCAGUGGGUGACCAUUCAUUUAAUUUCUACACCAUUUGUGGCCAUGCAUGAUGCAAUAAUUAUACAUCCGAUCUCCAGCAAAAGCCUCACGAUUUAGGGGGAUAUCAAAUCAUUUUCUCAAAUGAAACAUCCAAUUACGAGAAGCCCUGUAUGCGCAACAUUGUGGGAAAUGACUUGAUGUGUAUGAUACCUUUGUCUAUUGCUCUGUUUCACAUAACCAAUGUUUUGUGUUUUAUAAAAAAGGGGAAUCAGCAAAUGUGAGCAUUAACGUAGAUCGAGUGACCUUACAAUUACCAAAAUGUGCUUAAGUAGAGUGUAAAAAAUGUUUUGUGUUGUCGAGGUGAGCAUAGCCUUCCCAGCUAGCGACUUUACUGUUAGAGUACUGCCUUCCAAAUAACCAACAAUACCUCCAAAGGUUUUUAAGGUGACAUUAAAAUUAGAGGAAACUAAAAAAAAAAAAAAGGCAGUUUCUCACACCGGCAUUCUCUGUUAAAAUACACUCAAACUUCCAGCUUUGCUCAUGGUGUUGGCGUUGGAAACACUGAGAAACAUUCCUGAGAGCAUGAUGUGCUGCAUUAGUCUUCAGACAAACUCCUCUAAGGUGACUUGGAGCUCAGCCUAGAAACGAACAGACAAACCGCACUCAUUCAGUAUGAAAAACCAUUUGGCAAAGUCGCAGCUGCCUCCCAAAGUACAAAGGGGUUCGGAACAGGUGUUAGGUGGAUUAAUCAUUAGCUGAUGUACUCGCUGUCACCAGGAAAUUCAUAAUCUAGCUACACGAGCAUUCUUAAAGCCCUUUCGGAUGAGAGUGUGUGUUUUUGUUUUUUAACCUUUACGUUGAGGAGAUCUGCUCCUUCUGCUGGCUAUUCCUUGGGGGAAUUCAGGGUGAGGUGGUCAAGGUUUGAUGCCAUCACUGAUAGAGGGUUACAAUAUAUGAAUUUAAGAACCAAAACUGAUUUGAAUAUGAUUGUUUUCCUACUAUCUUCAUUCGUUGCAAAAUCAUGCAAGGAUAUGAAGUAAUUUCUACCACCUUAAAUCCCCAAACUGCUGAGUUGUACAGUAAGAUCUUUGGUCCUACUUUACUUUUUUUUUUUAAUGUAGCUUUUCAUAUGUUACUUUCAGAGUGAUUUCUAGCCAAAGAGAGUCAUUUUUGUGGUGUUAGAAUCUAGAAGUGGUAGACCAAAGCUACAUUCAAAGCCAGAUUUGUCUGUCUACACUACAAAAAUAUUCAUCUGAAGCUAGAGGUCAUGUCAAAGACACAAUUCCCUUUCUCUAAAAUUGUAAAUUAGAGUAGCUCAAUUUCUUAAAUAGCUACUUGCAUAACAAUAUUCAUGCAAGUGAUUUAUUUCUAAAGACCUAAGAGUGCAUCAAACCCUGACCCCCUUUUGUGUCCAUUGCUGUAUGGUUUCUCAAUGGUGUAAAAUCUCAUUCUUUGUCGAUAAAGCUAAUGUGUGCUGCAGUAUUUCCUAGUAUACUUCUCUGUUAACUGUCUUUUCUUAUUUACUUUUGUUUAUUGGGGUGUGAUGUCUCAUUAUUUCAAUCUGUUGAUGUAGCGUUCUAUGUAUACCCUGUUCCUUAGCCUAAUAUUAUUAAGUAUGUUAUGAGAAUGGAUAUUUUACUGGCUUUAUAGAAUGUUUAAAUAAAUAUAAUAAUGACAAUAAGAAGAAGGAUUAAUUAAACCUCCUAACAAGUUGAGUACUUGCUACUAAAGCGCUUGUGUUACCAUUAUGAUGUUGUGUGCUUCUCUUAAUCAUUUUCGUUGUAGAAAAAUGGAGUGAAUUUAUAUUAGGCUUCGAAAAAACUAAUGAUAGCAUUGUAAAUUUUACAGGAGGAUUUUAACAGACAAACAGCUUCGUCAAAUAGAAGAAUAUAGUUAUUUUAAUUGUCCUCUUUACUAACUGUAGGGUGAGAAGGGGCUCGCGUUGUGGUGAACUAUGUUAUAGCUUGUUAUUCACUGUUACUUUUGAUCAUUUUUUCGGUCUCCGAGGUGAAUCGAGUUAUUAAUGAGAAUUUGUAUGCUCACAUAUGCAUAUUGUAUAUGUGUAGAAAUGUAAUCACACUUUGUCUUGGAUUUACAUUAAACUGUUAAGUCACGG